ACGGACCUGCAUAUAUACCGCAGCCCGUGGCCGUUAGAGGCACAUCUUCGCUGACUUGUGUUCUAAACACUUCUCUAGCACAAAGAAGACGCAGAAAAUGUCUCCAAAUAUGACAUGUGAAUCUCUCCAGUCCUUUGCUCCAAGGCUUACUGUGGCCAAAAGAAAAGAGGCUCUUGAGCUCCGAAAGACUAUGAAACCUUUGAUGGAAAAAAGAAGACGCGCCCGUAUCAACGACAGCCUUGACCAUUUGAAAAAUCUGAUCCUUCCCCUCACAGGCAGAGAUAAAACUCGCUAUUCUAAGCUUGAGAAAGCCGACAUCUUAGAAAUGACUGUGAGGUUCCUCAGCGACAUUCCCCCUGUUAACAACAAAGAUAACUACAGAGAUGGUUACAAAGCCUGCAUCCAGCGCGUCUCCGCUCUGCUCCCCAAAACGAGCCUGGAUCAGGACGCGUGCAAGCGGGUGAACGAAUUCAUCCAGCGUUCCACGCCCGCCACCAUCACACCAACUUGCCUGAAAUGCUGUGCCCACAGCUCCAAGGCCUUCCCUCAGAUACAGAAGAGACUUCAAAACCUGAAAUCAAGCUUCAGCUCCAGACUGGAAAGCAGCAGCGCUGUGAAUCCCAGCAGCGCGCAGCCAGUACCGCAGGCUGCGGGCGCACCCAUGUGGAGACCCUGGUAGAUUUCUUCAGGGUCCGAGUCUUCCGACAGUAUUUGAAAGACUGCAAAGUGUUUCACAUGUAGGUUACAUGUCUAAACUGCAUCACUUGUAAAUAUUCACAGUGAUUCACCGCUUCUUAUUGUUGAUGAAAAGCUAGAAUUCAUCGUUAAAUCGUAUCGGUUGAGUAUUAUAUACUUACAUUAUCGCGCACGAGUCUGUUGUCCUGUAUCAUUUGAUAUAUUCAGAUAGUCGUAUUUCUUUAAAUCUGCAUGUAUGUAUCGGUUAAAUAUUUAGUCAUCUUCGCGGACUAAGUAAUAAGGGCCGUUGAAACAGCCCUGUAAGACCCAAAGGGUCAUUAUGUAUGAAUUUGCACAGAACAUUUCAUUCUGUGCAGAUGGAACUUGUAGACAUGUUAUAUGUCUGUAUCAGUAUCUCUGUUGAGGUGUGAUUGAUUUUUGCUAUUUCCAGCAAAUGUUGUACAUAUGUUAUUAUAUAAAAAUGA